AUGGAGUGUAUGCGCGAUCAUCUUCACGAAGGCGUUGUACUUAAUGGGCGGUAUGAAACCAUCUCUCCACUCAACAAUGGCUCCUUUGGCAUGGUCUUCCAGGCCAAGGACUUGGUAACUGGCGACCAUGUUGCUGUCAAGGUCAUCACCAAGAGCUCCGCCGCCGUCAACUGCCCCUCUGCCUUUGCGGUUGACGAGCGCUCCGAAGAACUUGGUGUGCACCUGCGUCUUGGUGACCACUCCAAUGUUGUGAACCUGCUGCAGUCGUUCGAGACCCAGAACCACAUCUACCUGGUCCUCGAGUUCUGCUCCAAUGGCGACCUCUACGAAGCCAUCCGCAACGGCAAGGGUCCCCUCGAGACUGAGCACGUGCGCGACUUCAUGAUGCAGCUGGUCGAUGCUGUCGAGUUCAUCCACGCAAAGGGAAUCUACCACCGCGACAUCAAGCCCGAGAACAUCUUCCUUACCCAGGACGGCUCCAUGAAACUGGGCGACUUUGGUCUCGCUACCUCUGACCCCUGGUCCUACGAGGUUGCCGUUGGCAGCGACCGCUACAUGGCUCCCGAGCAGUAUGAUCCCUCCAACACGGGCUACUCGACUGCAAAGGCCGACAUCUGGGCCAUUGGCAUUGUCCUGCUCAACAUUCUGUUCCAGCGCAACCCCUUUGCCGUGCCCUCGUCGUCGGACCCUCUGUACGCCGACUUUGCCCUGGACCGUCAGAGCCUCUUCGAUGUCUUCCCCAACAUGUCGCAGGAUACCUUUGAGGUCAUCAGGCAGUGCUUGGCCAUCGACCCGGAGAAGCGCGACCUCGGCGCCGUCAAGGAUGCGUUGGAGCGCGUCAUCAGCUUCACCAUUGAUGACGAGAGCCUCGAUGAGUUCUGCACCGAGGAGCGUGACGUCGUCGCUGUUGGCGCCAACCGCGAGCCUCUUCGAACCCCAUCCAUCUCAACCCCCCAGCUCGACAAUGGUGGUUCGUUCCCCUGGGCCAAGGCUCUCGCCAUGUCGCCACCUCAGCAGUUGCGCCAGCUCUCAGUCAUCCCUGACAAUGAGAUCUACGAGGACGACAUGUUCCCAGGGCCUCCCUACCAUGUCAAGCCAGACAGUGCCUCUGCCGUCUCGUUUGUCGACUCUGGCCUGGGCUUGUCUUUCAAGUCGACUGACGGUGCCAAACCUGAGCCUGUUGACAUUACCCGAUCUCGGCCUAUGCCCAUCUCGGGCUCGCUCCCAGCCAAGCCCUACACCAGCAUGUCGUCGGUGUUUGGCAAGAAGCGCGAUGUCUUCUCCAAGAGCUGGAGCGACCUCUGGGACGAAGAGGAUGACGAUGCUCAGUUCCUUGCCGAGCUUGAUAACAACUGCCAUUCGUUUGGUGCUGAGAAGCCCAAAGCGAAGCCCGUCAUCUCGGAGGCUGGAUCCGGCGUGUCGACUCCCCGUGGCGGCUUGUCGGAGAUGAAGAACCCUGCUUCGAUCCACAACAGCAGGAGCUCGUCGCCCAAGAACAUGCGCACUGCUGCCGACCACGUCAGCGCUGCCACUGGCUUCGUCUUCGAGGAGCACCGUUCAUCAGCCGCCACGCGCAACACGCCCCCAAAGCCUUCGGUUGCCGACAAGUGGGCCGCGCUUGGUGACCGUCGCCGCAGCCCUGCCGUACAGGUGCAACAAACUCCAAUCAAGCCAAUCAAGUCGCCCAAACAGGCUCAACCCGUUCCCAACUCCGCCAGGAAGCGAAGUCGAACCGGGACUGGACGACGACCAAUCCACUGGGGCUCCAGCCACAAUGAGAACAGUCACCAUGUUCCCUGGGAGCAGAAAGUGGACAAUUGGUACAAGAGCAAAGAUUGGCGCUCCCAUGCCGAUCACGCCCAUGGCCACGACGACCUGGGUGAUUUUGAGUGGGUGUGGUAA